GAAACGAAAGCGAAAGCCAAGGUCCCCCAGCCAGCAGCAUGGCCUCCUCCAGCCUGGCCGAGGACCUGCUCUGCCCCAUCUGCCUGGCCCUCUUCCAGGAGCCCCAGAUGCUGGGCUGCGGCCACAACUUCUGCCUGGCCUGCCUCCGGAGCUGCCUGGCCCGAGAAGGAGGGAAGGAGGAGGCCCCCUGCCCCGAGUGCCGGCUGCCCUUCCAGCUGCAGGACCUGGCCCCCAACCGGGCCUUGGCCAGCCUGGCCAGGAAGCUCCGUGGCUUCCAGUGGGACCCCGAGGAGCCCUUCCCAGGAGCCCUGCUGAAGGAGGAGGAGGCCUUCUUCUGCCAGGAGCACCAGGAGCCCCUCAAGCUCUUCUGCCUCCAGGACCGGCUCCCCCUCUGCGUCAUCUGCAGGGAUCUCCCCCGGCACCACAGGCACCGCUUCCUGCCCACCAAGAACGCCCUGGACUAUGCCCAGGGAAAACUGAAGCCAUACAAGAAGCUGUUGCAGAGGAAGCUGGCAUUCAUCAUUAGUGACGAAUCUGUGCAGGAGAAGGAAAUUGCUAAGCUGGAGAGUUGUACUGAAGAUAUUUUGGGUGACAUUUCCAGUGGAUUUGAACUUCUCCACCAGACCUUGCAUGAAAAAGAAGAAAGCUUUAAGAGGUCUUUGCAGGAAAUCAAGGAGAAAAACCUGGAGGAGAUGAAUGAUGUCUUGAAUUUCAUUAAAGAGGACAGGAAUUUAUACACUGAGAAACUUACCAAGAUCAAAGUAGCAUUACGAAGUACAGAUCACCUUGCCUUUCUUAAGGACUUCAAAGACCUGAUGGGCAAAGUCAAGAAAUACCCUCCACAUGAGGAAGAAAAUGGUGAAAGCAGUGGGAAUGAUGAGGAAAGAGAGGCAUCUGACAUAGUCAAGGAUGAUGACCAACAGGAGGAGGAAGAGGAGGAGGUGGAGGAGGAGGACAACAAAAAUGAUGACAGAGUUGAAGUGAUAGUAAUGGAUCCAGCCCUUGUAGAGUUCAGGGAUUCCUUGGACUUUGAGGCUUGGAAGGAAAUAUUGUUGAAGCAAAUCAGUACCUGGCAGGAGGAUGAAGAAGAAAGGGAGACAUUGGAUGAAAGCGAGAGUGAUAAGGAAGAGGAUUAUGAUGACAAGGACCGAUGGGAUCAAGCUUUUAAGAGACUUGCAAAGAGUUUGAGGAAUGUGAAAUCUAGGUCACAGAAUUAACUCUUUCAUUGCCAAAAUGAAACAUGAGGGGUGAGUCACCCCACUUGCGAAAAAUCUGUAUUUUGGAAGUUAACAGGCAGUUCUGUGUGAUAGCAUGUAGUAACAGGGCUUCAUUUGUUUCCUCCUACUCCGUAGUUCUUCAGCUAAGUUUGCUACAAGAUUUCCAUGUAAUCUUUAUUGAUAUUUUCAACAGGAUGCAACUGAAAUCUGUUAUCUUUCUUUCAGGAGGUUUUGGCCAUUGCUUAUUAUUUGUUGCUGUAGCUGGCACUGCCUGAAAAUAUUGAGUCAUUCCAUACACCUAAAUGUAGAACUUAUAAACGUUUUUGUUUGAUUGUUUGUUUUGAAAUGUUUGGGACUGUCAUUCCCAGAAUCCCCCAGUUCAGUCUAUGGGGUUCUAGAAUCUGCAGUCAGAAUUUACCUACCUUUCCAAGAUCUCUGUGUAGUUAUAUGAACACAGAAGACUCGAUCAUCUCAGUUGCUGUUCUUAUUUCAAAAGUUACUAUUCUGAUAAAUAAAUAGUUACUGGUUGUAUAAAUAAAAUCUAUAAGCAUUAUUCACUGUUAACAAUUUGUAACUUUUUUCAAGCCUGAUCUCUUGUUGCUUCAAAAUAUUUGAAGAUAUAAUGAGAUAUAUCUCCUGCUAGUCUUCUCAUCUCCAGUUCCUUGUCAAUAUCUUCAAACUUACAGUAGCCCAAAAUAACCCAAAUUGUCAAAUCCAGCAUGAUGCCAAAGUUCAGAAACUCAGGCUCAGCAGCAAAACCUCAGAAACGUUUAUUAAGAAAACUAUAGAUCCAGUCCAGUGACUUUUGUUGUCAGAACUGACAGAACUAAUGUAUGUGGCAAACAUCACAGCCACAUAAACUGUAUAUAAUUCAAAUUUCAGGUGUACUUAAUUCAUUAAAAUUAAUAAACACAUUUCCCUUUAUCUCAUACUACUCCUUUCUCUUUGUUG